CAUUUGAGGAAAUUCUGCACGAUUCGUGUAUCCUGCCAAAGGAUCGCUAUUCGCACGAAUCAUAAAUAAUUGAAAAAAAUUUACAAUCCAAAAUUCGUGCGAACAAUCUAGCUGUACGACACCGCACGAAUCGUGCAGGCCGCUACAGGAAGAAUAUUCGCACGAAGUGGGGGGUAAAUAGCCGACCUUACACGCACGCGCAUUCACCGGGUAAUUUGACACCAAGUCCAUGCCGUUCGUCUGUGUAUCCGGCACCGUUGCGGUUCUGUGAAAAAAAUCCUGUGAAGAAGUUGCGUCAUUACUAUAUGGAAGUUGAGUCCUGAGGACUCUGUUCACUGAAGAGAAGUAUGACGGAGACAGAGAAGCAGAAGCCCUUGCUCUAUGUGGGGCAAGAAUUCACAAACUAUGAUGAUUUCGAAAAGUUGCUCUGGGAGUUUCAGUUUCGACACCAUACAGUCUUUACCGUUGGUAUGUCCAAGAAAAUUGAACAAAUGAAUAAAAUAAGAGCUGCUAGGGGGGUAACUCCGCAGCCUCCAGAGCUGAAGUAUGCCUAUCUGACUUUACGUUGCAAGCGAGGAGGGCCCACAAGAAUUGGCACUGGCACUGGAGCUCGUUGUCUGCAGUCAACCUGGAAAGCUGGAUGUCCUGCUAAAAUACGCUUAACUGCGAGGAAGAACGUGUUGGUCCUGACUGAAAUUUGUACAGUACAUGAAAAUCAUUCUUGUGAUAAGGCGGAGUUUGACCUAAUGCCAGAAGUCAGGCAAUACCGCUUAGACAAACUGGCUUCCGGUGACCAGCCAGUCGACCUGGAACUUCUACUGAAGACAAAGGUGAAGCCGUCUGUUAUCCGGAACCUCCUGAGGGACAGAGGAAGUGGUUUCAUACAUCCUAGAGACUUGGCCAACAUGCGGGCUCGAUUGAAAAAGAAAAGCACAGGUGGCAAGUCAGAGGAAGAGCGAUUGAUUGAUGCUUUGGAGAAGUUGAAGGAGUCUGACCCUCUAGCAUCCAUUUAUGUAGUUAAGGACCCAGAUUCAGGCGAACUAGCCAAUCUCUUCAUUCAAACAGGAGCCAUGAAACAAAAUAUGAUCAACUACGGCAGACUUAUUCUUUUUGAUCACACCUACAAGAUAAACAAAAACAGAAUGCCUGUAGCUGUCAUUAUGGUCAUGGACGGCAAUGGUGAUGGCCAGGUGGCUGGUGUGGCUUUCUUGGCCAAUGAAAAGAAAGAAAAUGUGAAGAACACAAUCUCGGCAUUCAUUGAGAGCACUGGUGAAAGCACAGUCAAGGAAAUAAAGACUGCUGUUAUUGACAAAGAUAUGUCUGAAUUGGGGGCAUUACGAGAGCUUCUGCCCCAUGUGAACGUGCAAUUGUGUGAUUUUCAUGUGUCGAAUGUUUUUAAAACUGAGGUCAAAAAACGGUGUGAUAAAGGUGCAGUUGAUGAAGUUCUGGCUAUACUGAAAAAGCUCCGUUUUGCAAAAGAUGAUAUAGAGUUUAGUGAGUUUUAUAAAGAACUGCAAGGUGCUGCCUCAUCUGAAUUCUUAGAUUACUUCAAUACCAACUGGCUUGAAUUUCCAGCCGCCUGGUCAUUCAGAGACAAGAAGUCUUCAAUUAAUCUGGGCAACACAACAAAUAACAGAUUAGAAAAUUUCAACGGCAAGAUGAAGCUUAUCCUUGAUAUGAACAACACUCUCGCAGAAUCAGUGGAAGGUUUGUUGGGCAUCGUGCAAAGCAAAGAAGAGGAUAGCUAUUUUAAGAGCAAAUUUGAGUCAGUUAAGACAUAUUACCUCACAAAUUCAAAGAACCCCAACCAUAGUGAAGUUAUUAGCAGCCUUACAAACUUUGCUGCUAAGCUGGUUAUUUUUGAAUUGAACUCUGAUGCAGAUGUAGAAGAAGCUGAGGAAUAUGCAACCACUGAAUUGAGUUGUGAUUGUACAUUUUUUUCUAGCUAUGGUCUGCCCUGCAGACACAUUUUCUUCAUCCGCAAGGAAAACAAUUCACCUUUGUUUGACAGCAGCAAUGUCCACAACAUGUGGAAAAAAGGUGUUACAAGUAGCAACAAUCAUGUGCCUGAACUGGGAGGGUUCACUGUCAGGGUGGACAAGAAGAUUGAGCCAAAGAAUCCUGCGGAAAAAUACUCAAAGGCCAUGGUUGUAGCAAAGAGUCUAUGUGACCUCAUGUCCCAAUGUGGAUCUCAGGAUUAUGCAGAAAAAUUUUCUUUCCUGCAGUCCCUCUUCAAAUUAUGGGCUGAAGGCGGAGAGGCAAUUCUUUUGCAGAAAGUGAAGAAUAAUCAAGUACCAUCUUUGAACGGAGAAGUGUUAACUUUAGAUAUUCCGGCUGAAUUGGAUGAAGUUUCUAACACCAGAGCCAUCACAGAGGGUGAUACUAUCAUCCAAAGUGCUAUCCUAGAUAACCCAGAGCAAAUUUUAAUUGACCAAGAAGAACAUACUGAUACUUCUAGCCAAGUAACUCAUGAGGAGAAAAGCUUGGUCUGUUGUUCCUGUGGCAAUGAUACAUCAGGUGCUCACAAGUGCAUUAAGUGCGGCAAGACAGUUCAUGUGUUGAGUAUGUGCUCGGAGCCAGCACCAGGUUCUCAGGAAAAAUAUGGUCAGCCUAGGAUCUGCAAACAGUGCAGUGUGAAGGAAGGUUCUUCUUGCGUUGGUGACAUCAUGAUUACUACUCCUCCCUUCCAUCGUACUGUUUUGAAGAAACUUUGUCAUUGUCUGAAGCCUGUAGCAAGACUUGUCGCUGGUCCAAAUGCACGCAGACCUGGCAUGCAUUACUUUAAAUGCAGAGAACGCAGCAGAAGACCUUUUGACCUCACUGUUGGCUGCAACUUUUGGCUGCCUGCACCAAAUCCUGGACCAAAUGACUUUGACUUUGGUGCUUCAAACCAGAUUGAUGUUACCAGUCAGAUUGAUAAUAUGAUUCAGAUUGACGAAGCCGCAAGCACCCCUUUAGAAAAUCUCAAUAAUAAUGCUGACAAUGAUGAUGGCAAUGAAAAAAACACCAGCCUAAAUCUGCUGGUACAGGAAAUAGAGAGGUCAGAAACCCAGGAAUCCCCAUCAUCAGCUCAAGAACAGUCAGAGAGUAUCAGGUCUCAACUCAAGGACUUGAAACUUCCAGUAAAUGUUAAACCUAGAGGCCGUCCAAAGAAUGUUGGAAAGACCAACACUAACAUCUGGCUGGGAGGAUCUAAAGGCCGAUCCAGCAAGAGCAAGGCUGCCACAUCUAGGGGGCGCAUAAUGACAGUUGAGGAACGGAGAAAGGCAGGCGUUGAUGGGAGAAUUGAGAGAGGUAAAAGCAUCCCCGAUUCUGAUGUGAGGAAAGAGGGAAGUGUCUUUUAUGUCAGGUCCCAGACAAAUGCAAUGGAAUACACUGUUCAAAGUAGCCAAAGUCCUUCAAUUUGUGAGUGUGAUACCAGUGUCAAAGACUGCCCUCACAGAUACUCCUGCAACUGUGAGGACAGAAUCAAGCCCUGCAAACACAUUUACAAAGUCCAUAAUUUAGUUCAAAGUUCCAUGUCUUAUAACUCUUCUGCAACGGGUGCUGUGCUCUACAAAAUUGAAGGAUCUGACCUGAAGCCAACAGAAAAGGCCACUCAGUUAUGGCUUCGAGAUGCGGCCUACCGGAUGCAAGGGGAUGGGUCUUAG